UUCCCUGCGCGCUGGGCGGAGCCUCGCGGGGCGGGGCGGGGCCUGUGCGGCGGCCCUGGGAUCAUGUCUGCGCCGCCCGCGCUGCAGAUCCGGGAGGCGAACGCUCACCUGGCGGCCGUGCACCGGCGCGCGGCGGAGCUGGAGACGCGGCUGCUGGCGGCGGAGCGCACGAUCCGUGCGCAGGCCGAGCGCCUGGCCCACCACGACCAGCAGCUGCGCGCCGCCCUGGACGAGCUGGGCCGCGUCAAGGACCGGGAGAUUUCCGCCCUCCAGGAGCAGCUGCUGAGCUCGGAGGCCACUGUCCGCAGUCUGCAGGCUGCAGUGGACCAGAGGGACCAGUUGAUCCAGCAGCUGCAGCCCCAGGCUGACCUGCUGCAAGACAUUGCUCACCGUCGACCACCCCUGGCUGCGCUGCUGGCCGCCCUGGAGGAGGCUGAGCGACUGGGCCCCUCGCCAGCCAGCAGCCAGGGCCAGCUGCUUCCCGAUGGGCCCGGCCCGCCCCUGGGCAACAGCACUGGGGAGGGCCAGGAUGACCUGCAGCCUGCCGUCUUUGGGACCACAGUGUGAGCUGCCCUGGCGGAUCAGAUCUCAGAAUGUGUGGCCAAAGCCCAGAGCCCCAGAUGUCACCAGUGUCCCUGAAGGAUCUCAUAAACAUUGGAACAAGUGAAAAGCCAAGAUCCCAUUUAAAACAGUUCCACCUCCCCCAGCGCUUGGGGCAUCUGCUACAUUCAGUUGAUUUUAAAUAAUUCAAAAAUAAACAAAGGCUGAGGCAGUGGUUCAGUGGUGGAGCCCCUGCCCAGCAUGCAGACAUGCUGGCAAACUGACAGAGGGACAGGACACCUGCCAUCCCAGCACCAGUGAAUUAACGGCAGCUUGACUCCGAGGCCGUGCUGCUUCCUGUUGGAGACGCGGUUCCACGUAGCCCAGGCUGGCCCCUAACUUGCUGAGGGUGACCUUGAGCCCUGCUGGGAUGACAGGCACCCCACGCCAGGCACCCAACACCAGGCCCUAUCUUGGUUUUGUUUUUUUGUUUUUUUUUUUGCUGUGAGGCUGUAAGAUGGGGGUCUCCCUCCACAGCCCAGCCUUCUCCGGAACCCAGAGUCCUCCCAA